AUGGGCUUUGACAACGAAUUCGAUAGUAGCCACUAUUGUGGGGGCGUUCUUAUCACGCACAGGCAUGUCCGGACAACGGCAUCGUGCCGUAUAACGAGUGAUCAUGCGUAUGUGUCUGUUAAUGCACAUUUUAAUGAAGGUAAUGAAGCAAAGCGUAGCAAAACUGAGCUGCAACAACUGCGUCAGCAGGUGAUUACCAAUGAGGCGUGUCGUAAGGCGUUCAUGAAUUUCAAGGAGUUUCGUAAUCAUUUUGAACCUACCAGUUUGUCUGAGGUAGUGUGA